AAAAAAGGAGAAAAAAAGGGAUAGCUAGGAGUACCAGCUUCCCGUCUCGCCACAUCCAUUAUAAUAGGAGCUAAAUCCGAGAGCCGAGAAGGAGGGGGCUGUGUGAGAGCGAGAGAGAGCGAUGGGUUAUUUUAAAAUUCCGGAAGCGUCUCCUCACAUGGAGCGCCGGGCCGCCUUGUGCGCGUGACGCUGCAGAGUCCCCCAAUGAGCGGCGAGAACAGCUCGGCUUCCAGCACGGUAUUCCCUCUCGUGCAGAUCCUGGGCGGGCCCGGGAAAGCUCGGUCACGCAGCGUGGGUGGUGUGUGUGUCUGCCGCGCCGGUAUAAAAGCGCGCCGGCAGCAGCAGAGAUGCAGUCAGUAGUAGCUAGGUUACCCAGAGCCGGCUCGAGCUACAGCACUAUCGACAGCAUCAGCACCAACAGCACCGAUAGCCAUCAUGGUUCUCAUCUGGACACAGUUUGGCGUGAAGCAUAAGAACGUCAAGUGCAAGGUGCGAGUGAUCCACGGCGAGGAAAGCUGGUCCUCAGAGGAGGCGCAUGAGGACCCUGAGAUACCCAGUCCUCCUCCUUCACCAGUGUGUGUGGACCACUAUGCUGUGUUAGGAGUGUCGAGCGACUCCAACGAGGAGGAGAUCAGACGCGCGUACAAGCGCCUGGCACUGCGCUAUCAUCCUGACAAAAACUCAGACGCGGAUGCAGAGGAGAAGUUCAAGCAGAUUGCCCAAGCAUAUGAGGUCCUCACAGACCCCGAGAAGCGCAGCCUCUACGACCAGCAAGGUUUGACUAAGGGACCGAUGUCUACUGCUAAAGCAGACCCCACCCCCAAUGGUCCCAAGGCUGACGCCCAUGCCUGGCGCAUGUUCUUCAACUUUGAGUUUGACUCAGACGAGGACCUCUUCAACCCGUUUCUGAGGAACCCUCAACCCCACCUGGGUCGUCACCAUAACAACAAGACAGGGUCCCACCCUGGAGGCAUCACUGAAGUGCAUGACCUCCUCGUGUCCCUGGAAGACAUUCUGACCGGUGUUACGAAGCGCGUGAAGGUCACUCGGCUCCGGCCCACAGACAAGAACGUGCUUCAGCCAGAGGAACGAGUAAUCGAUGUAGAGGUGAAGAAAGGCUGGAAGGAAGGGACAAAGAUCACCUUUCCAGGGGAGGGACAUGGGGCACCUGGACAUGGCUCGAAUGACCUCACGUUUGUGGUCAAAGAGAAGAAGCAUACUCACUUCAGACGGGAAGGGUCCAACAUUGUCUACACAGCCACCAUAACGCUUAGAGAGGCAUUAUGUGGAUGUACUAUUAGUGUCCCCACACUUGAUGGACAGACAAAACCUGUCCCCUGUAGUGAUGUCGUCAAACCUGGCUCGGUGAGAAGACUAAUAGGGGAGGGGCUUCCCCGGGCUAAGAACUCAGCCCAGCGUGGUGACCUGUUGGUCGAGUUCCAGGUGGUGUUUCCUGAGCGUAUCCCACCGUCCAGCAAAGAGAUCAUCAAACACAGCCUUGGACAGUGUUAACACGAAGAUGCAGACCCACACAGAUCUACUGAUGGCUGCAGCAUCAAACAAGUUUUGUCUCUGUGAGGCAUAUUGUGUGCCGGACUGUACACACAUACGCACAAAAUACAAGUGUCAUAGGUAGUCCAUAGAUUUUAGACAAACACUCACAUCGCAUUCAGACAUACUGUACCACCUAUAGUCAUAAUACAGACAGGUACAUGCAAACGCAGACACACAGAGGUGCUACUGUGUUGAAGUAUCAACACAUCCUGUAUGUAGCAGGAAGUGACAUGCUCUAUGGGAGAGGGCUUGAUGGGCUCCUGUAGGAAAUUGCUGUUCCUAUGAUGACCAUCUCAACAAUGACAAAUUUGUACUUGUGUACAGAAUCGUCAAAUUAAUUAGUCUCUAUGAGAGAACCUGUGUCAUGUUUCAAUGAAUUAUUUAUAAAGGAUAAUUAUAUAAAGAUUUCAGUGUGCUGUAUAAUCUAGCAUGUAGGCGAAGACUGUAUGAAAGCAUGUUUUUUAUGUACAAAUAAAGACUUUAUUAAAUAAAAAAAAAA